GAUGACGAAAAAAAAGUUCCAUUCCAUUGCCAUGGUGACAGUGGGAUCACAGGGUUGGAGGCUAAAACAGGAUGUGGUUCUCAUGCCACGCCUCCAAUGUCAUUGCAUCUAAUGUGUUGCAAAAAUGUCACACUAAAGCAUCCGGCUGACUCAAUUCACAGCACUAGAUUUACAAAUGUGUUACGGGAACAGAGAUCCCGUUUCAGUUUUUUGCAGGACACCAUGUACGGUGUGUUGCAACAUGGAAGAUAUACGAUAUGCACCUUAUAAAAUGCUUGCACAAUGUUUACAAUGGUAUGUUUAUGACUAUUCAUAAACGAAAUUGAAAAGUGAAUGAAUUCAAUUAAGUUAAUUCAAAGUCUGGUCAUUCAUAAAUAUGUCAGUCUUCUGUUGUCUGUCUCCCUCUCUCUCACUCACGCCGCGAGUAAUCUCUUUUUUGUGUUUUGUCCCUGACGGGUUGCCAUAGGCUGGGUCUGUAUUUAAUUGAGGAUUGUCUGGGAUUAGAGGCCUCAGAUUGAGUUAAUCUGUUUUAGUCACUGACACCGAGGGUGUGAAGUCUGCGCCAGUAGUAAGGCAGAGUUGAGACAAAGGGAGAGAGUAAAGCGACAAUUACCAACAGAAUCACUGAAGCACAGAAAUGGAGAACCCAGACGACAAAGAGCUAGAGAGUGAUGAGGAAGAAUAUCAGUAUCCCGCGCUGGAAACAGAGGAAGAGGGACGAGGGGCAGGGCAGUGGACGGAGGCCGCGGGGGAAGGGGAGGGUGAGUUGUUGGACUGGAACGACUUCAUCACAGGGGAGAUGGAUGAGGUCCAGGGGGACCUGUGGCCUGACUGGAAGCCCACUGGCCCAGUGACACCGGAGCAGGUCCUGAGACUAGCAGGAUACACACGGGCUUACUUGUGCUCUCCUGAGGAUAAUAUUUACAACAUCAGCUUCUCGCGCUUCAAAAUCCGGGACAUGGACAGUGGUGCCAUCAUUCUGGAUAUCAAAAAACACUGUCCAACAGAGAUCACUGGCGGGCAGCAGGAGCAGGAGCCGGGGAGAUUUAUUCGAUAUCACUUUUCACCUGCUUUCCUCGCCAUCAGGGAGAUCGGAGCCACGUUGGAGUUUAUAGUGGGAACCAAAGCAGUGAACAAAUUCCGGCUCAUUGAGAGGCAUUACUUCCGAGACCGGCUCCUUAAAAGCUUCGACUUUGAGAUUGGCUUCUGCAUCCCAGACAGCAGAAACACUUGCGAGCACAUCUACACUGUGCCUCAGCUGGAGCCAGAGAUAGUUGAAGAGAUGAUAGCGAGCCCGUAUGAGACACGAUCGGACAGCUUCUACUUUGCAAAUAACAAACUGAUCAUGCACCACAAAGCUGAAUACUCCUUCUGCCCGAAGCGAGAUGCAUUCGUAAGAGAGUCCUCCUGAUGAUGCUUCAUGGGGUUCAAGAGAAAGGGGACUCAGGGAGACACUCACUGAGAGAGAAUUGAGAAUGCUGAACAAACUCCUUUAUGUUGUAGAUUCUCCAACAUCCCUAAGCAGUUGAGCUUUCCUGGUAUGUAUGAAAUGAGCAUGUGUAGAAUUUCAUUCAUGGAGUAUCUCAAUAAGACCACCUGUAUAACUAAAGGAAUAAUAAUAAAGUUUGAUUGAUGAAG